UAUUUAUUUGUUUAGUUUCGCAACUUCGCCGUGCGCGGCGGGAGAGAGAACGCUGUGGUGGAGGAAAAAAAAAAGAAGAAACCUUUACAAAUCGGAAAAUUCAAGAAACCCUAAAUCGACGAAAAAGGAGGGAUCUUUGAAAUCAGAAGCUUCGUUGUGUGUUCAUACGAUGAAGAGUCAAUGGUCUAAUUUUCAUCAGAUUGGGAGAAACUAUUUCUUAGCUGCUUCCGCUAUCUACGUUUCGACUGAGUUCAACUUCUUAAACACUCCUCUUCCUGAUCGAAGUAGCUUUUGCUUUGCCGCAAAAGAUAGAUCCAGCUUUGUAGUGUUGAAAUCGGAGGCGGAGUUCAAUAGUGCAUUGAGCAAAGCCAGAGAUGGAUCUUUGCCAUCAGUUUUCUAUUUCACUGCUGCUUGGUGUGGACCUUGCAGGCUUCUCGCUCCUGUAAUAUUGGAGCUCAGUAAUAAGUAUCCUGAUGUAACAACGUAUAAGGUCGACAUUGACGAGGGCGGUCUUACAAAUGCUAUUGGGAAGCAAAAUGUCUCUGCUGUGCCAACACUACAAUUCUUCAAAGGAGGCGUGAAGAAAGCAGAGAUUGUAGGUGUGGAUGUGAUGAAGCUGAGGAAUCUCAUGGAAAAACUCUACAAGUGAGAGAGACUCUUGAAGUUUUUGUACACUACACAUUGCUUUGAAGUUGUGAUUAUUUUGUUCGUUUGCUUUUUACGUUAUAGAUUCUUUCAUUCUCGUGUUCCUGCAAUUCAUAAGGGUGGCUAAGUUUGGUUUCUGUUAAACAAAUGGGUGUACAAGUUGUUUUUAUUUUGACUCUUCGUCAUACUAAAAGUGUUGUUACUUAAAAGAAUGUGAUAUGGACUUGUGUUUC